AUGUGUCGGGUAGUUUUUUGGUGGAUACUUGAGAGCAGGAACUUCACUUUUAAAAGCACCCGCUCUUACGCCGAAAAGACUCCGUGCAUUCACGCCAUUCUGGUCGAGAUGAAAUUGACUCCCAGCGUCCUCAUUGGGCUCUCGGUGAUUGCACAGCAUCGGACUGUCAGCCAAGACUUGGAGUACAAGGAGAAUAAUAUACCGGAUUUCAACUUCUGCGUUUACAGUCUGGAGCCUCUUCGAGUGCUUGUGUCUUGUUUCCUGGGACGUCUACCGGGCGAGUUCGCCACCGAGUUCACGAACACAGUUCAGGAAGCUUUCGGCGGCUUGGAAGUCGUUGAAUGUCUGAAGUUCAUCUGCAAGAACAAUAACGACGACGGAAGUAUGCUGAUGGUUACUUGGAUCGACGAGCUCGAGGAACACCACAAACGGGCCGCUCGGUUGGCAGUUUGGGACUGUAUGGAUGAGCAUCGGAGUAUAGUUGAAUCUGCGGCGUAA